GAAAGAUUGAGAGGAUUUGAUUUUGCGCGCCGAUAUACUUUAUACGACGAUUUUAUACGAGGAAGCUUUAUUUUGUGAGAUUUGAGUUAGUUUGAGAUUGGGAUACUUACUUGAUAAGAGGAGUGAGAGUGAAAAGAAGGGAAAGAGGAAUACAUACCCACAAGAAAGUAAUCAACCCAAACCGCAACCAUCAAAAUGCUUCUCUGUACGUCAAUCCUCCCCUUCUACCUUCUCCCUCUUCUCCAAACCACCACUAACCUCCCUCCCACCAGUCUGUCCCUCCUGCAGCAACAUCCUCACCGUCUCCGUAACACCCCAUUCCUCCACCCCCACGCCCACCUCAACACAAGAUCUCACCGGCGCAAACCGACUCGAAUGUCUCACAUGUCCCUACCAAUAUAUACUCACACGCAGCAUCUACGAUCGAAAAACGUUUGUGCGCGAAGAAAAAGAAGAUGUGUUUGGAGGCAAAGAUGCCUGGGCGAAUGCGGAUACCUAUCCCAAGCAGUGUGCGAAUAGUGAGUGUAAUGGUAUGGUGGCCGCGGCGAGGUUUGUGCAGAUUAGAAGUGCGGAUGAGCCGAUGACGGGGUUUUAUAGAGUGAGUGGUUUUUUUGGUUUAUUUUUGUUUGGGGCGGGGGCGGGGUUGUUGGAGGGUUUGAGAGGGGUAAUUGGGAAUGGGGAGGAGCGUGUGCGGGAGGGAAGGAGGUUAGAGAGGGGUUGUGGACGAUAUGCCGAAAAGUGAAUGAGAUGUCAGAGGAUAAAGACUAACACUUCUACUACAGUGUAUGACAUGUGCGAACCAAUGGAGAGAAAAUUAGAUGAAAGAACUCGGAAUUUACGAAACUGCUACUUGUUACGCAAUCGAGGCAGAUGGAUGUGGAAAGCCUUUGGAUGUGGAAAGCAUUUAUAUGUAUGGUUGCAAAGUAUUGUCAUGGAGGUUACAUUAAAACACUGAGCAAAAGUUAUGGGUGCACAUGGAGUAGGACAUUUAGCUGGGCUUUUGCAAUAUGGCGUAAGGGGUUAUUAUACCUUGUGCAAAAGGUAAUCUGCAAAUGGAUGUAGAUAGCAUAUCAUAAAAGGCGUUCAAUUCUUUACGAUAUAAACCUUAAUAAGAAGCUUU